GUUGUGUUUAGUGUACGAGUAUUUGUCAACGAGAGACACGCCCACUACCCCAGGCUCCAGCGCCUUCUCUUUCUCUCUCUGACUCGGCUACCGCUGUCUCUCUGUGCAAACAAACUUUUAACAGAUUUUCCAUCUUUACAUCCAUUUGUUUGCUCGUUUUCUUUAAAAGUGUAUGUUUAAACAUCAGCUCUUCAUCUCCUUACUUGCUGUAUUGAAUUAAUGUAUAUCUGUCUCUAGAUUUUAUGGUUAUUGGGUGUUUGAAAUCAAGCCUCAUUCGUUUGAAGUGGAGUUUUCUUUUCGUUUAUGCUGGAGAUUUGUAUCAUGGUUUUGAAGUUUUCAAGAAGGAUUAAUGUUUUGUCUCAAAUGGUCGGACAGAACCCUGCCAGCCUAACGAGUCUUAUGAUUGAAGAAACAAGAACUGAAAUCUUAUCAAACUGACCAAGACUUGUUCUUUUUCCCCCCUUUUGGUGUGUGCUAUGCUAUGCUGUUCUUUGAUUUCGAUCUGGGAAUAAUUGGUAAUCUCUGUGUGUGAAUUACGUGGUGCUUCUAAAAUCUUUCAGGUUGUUAUGGCAGACAGCAAUGUCUUUUCACGUGUGAUUCAUUCUAUUCUACCCUUAUUUGCAGACUGUCUAAGUCAACCGCUUGCAUGAGCUAUGUAACUCUUUUUCUCUUCACAAAGUUGGAAUUGUUUGAUAAUGGCUUCAAGAGUCAUCUUGCGAAGGAGGAGCUACAUUUUCAGUUCCCCAAUUCGACCCACUUCCCUGAUUCGAGGCUUUUCUUGUUUUGAGCAUAGCCUAUCGUCUACAUCUGAUGACUCACGGGGGUCAGGCUGGCUGGCAAGCCAUCCUUAUCAGAAUACUGAUUCUAAGAAAGUGGUUUUACCUUCGGUUCCCAACAAUGAGCUGUCAUAUUUUCUAGCAGCACAGUUUCAUAGGAGUAACUCGUUUGGAAUCUCAAACUUGGGUUAUCAAGCUGGAAAUUUAGAUUUUGUUUCUCCAUUGGGACUCCGAUGGUUCUCACAAUCUGCCCGUUCUGCUUCAACAGCCACUGCUGGUCAACCCCAAUUGGGCAGUGGUAAUGAUGGAAGUGAACAACAGGCUCCUAAAAAGGUGAAGGAAGCUUCACCUGAGGAAUGUGAUCAAGCAGUUGAAGGUCUGAGCACAGUGAAAGCCAAAGCAAAAGCUAAGCAGGUACAGGACUCCCCCAAAAGUGCUCAAUCAAUAAUCAAGAAAUUAUGGGCUGCAAUUCUGGGCAUUGGACCUGCUUUGAGAACUGUUGCUUCUAUGAGCAGGGAAGACUGGGCAAAGAAGCUUCGUCAUUGGAAGGAUGAAUUUAAAUCUACAAUGCAACACUAUUGGUUGGGUACAAAGUUACUUUGGGCUGAUAUUAGGAUAAGCUCAAGGUUGUUGGUAAAACUUGCUAAUGGGAAGGGUCUUUCUAGAAGGGAAAGGCAACAGCUUACUAGAACCACUGCUGAUAUUUUUAGGCUAGUUCCUUUUGCAGUCUUUAUUAUAGUACCAUUUAUGGAAUUCUUGCUACCGGUAUUUUUGAAAUUAUUUCCCAACAUGUUGCCAUCAACCUUCCAGGACAAGAUGAAGGAACAGGAAGCAUUAAAAAGACGGUUAAAUGCAAGGAUAGAAUAUGCAAAGUUUCUUCAAGAUACAGUGAAAGAAAUGGCAAAGGAAAUCCAAAACUCACGGAGUGGAGAUGUUAAAAAGACAGCAGAAGAUCUUGAUGAAUUUAUGAACAAGGUUAGAACUGGUGCAGGUGUAUCCAAUGAUGAAAUUUUAGGCUUUGCCAAGUUAUUUAAUGAUGAGCUUACUCUAGACAAUAUUAGCAGGCCCCGUUUAGUGAAUAUGUGCAAAUAUAUGGGUAUCAGUCCAUAUGGUACAGAUGCAUAUUUACGGUAUAUGCUUCGGAAAAGAUUGCAAGAGAUUAAGAAUGAUGAUAAGAUGAUUCAAGCUGAGGGUGUGGAGUCCCUUUCAGAAGCAGAGCUUCGCCAAGCCUGCAGAGAUCGAGGCUUACUUGGAUUACUUUCAGUGGAGGAGAUGAGGCAACAGUUGCGUGAUUGGCUGGAUUUAUCACUCAAUCACUCAGUGCCCUCUUCUCUAUUGAUUCUCUCUAGAGCAUUCUCUGUGUCUGGAAAAGUCAGACCAGAGGAGGCUGUUCAAGCUACACUCUCCUCUCUGCCGGACGAGGUUGUAGAUACUGUUGGGGUUACAGCUUUACCAUCUGAAGAUUCUGUUUCAGAAAGGAGGAGAAAGUUGGAAUUCCUCGAAAUGCAGGAAGAACUUAUCAAGGAGGAGGAAGAGGAGGAGGAAGAGGAACAAGCAAAGUUAAAAGAAUCUAUUAGCAACGAAAAGGAUGUGGCAUUGGAAGAGAUGGCUGCUUCCACAGCUAAAGAAGCACAAGAAUUAGCAAAAGCAAAAACAUUGGAGAAACACGAGCAGCUAUGUGAGCUCAGCAGAGCAUUAGCUGUUUUGGCUUCUGCAUCUUCAGUCAGCAGGGAGCGUGAAGAGUUCUUGAGACUGGUCAAGAAAGAGAUACAACUGUACAACAGUAUGGUAGAAAAAGAGGGUACACAAGGUGAAGAAGAAGCUAAGAAGGCAUACAAAGCUGCUCGGGAGGAUAGCGACCGUACUGCUGAGAAGGCAAUUGGUGACAAAGUAUCCUCUGCCCUCAUAGACAGGGUUGAUGCUAUGCUCCAAAAGCUUGAAAAAGAAAUUGAUGAUGUUGAUGCCAAGAUUGGGGACCAUUGGCGGUUGCUUGAUAGGGAUUAUGAUGGUAAAGUAACUCCUGAGGAGGUUGCCUCUGCUGCUAUGUACCUCAAGGACACAUUAGGCAAGGAGGGUAUUCAGGAGCUUAUUAGCAACCUCUCCAAAGAUAGAGAAGGAAAAAUACUUGUUGAAGAUAUCGUCAAAUUAGGCAGUGAAACGGAAGAUGCUGACACUGCUGAAGCAGGAAGAUCAUAGUGAGAUGUACUGAAUUUUUGUCGCUAAACCUUGUUCAAAGGGUCAGUAGUGCAUCUAUUACAACAUUAUUGUAUUUUUAACUUUUAACUGAGGUAGCACUUGCCUUCUGUAUAUGCUAUUAUGAUUUUAUAUCACCUACUACAAACUGAAUAUCACAAGGUGAGGACAAAGGAACCCUACAUAUUCUUUGCAGAAGGUUUUAUAAAAGCACUUUUCGAUGCUUAGAAAUUUGUUAUCUACAAAACAAAGUCAAUGAUACAAACCGCAGGGUGAGGCUACCUUUGCUUAUUUUAUCGAUCUUGUAUAUAAAUGUUUUAUGAGAGUAUUACACAUCUCAGAUCUUGAACGUUUCCUUUUAAGCUAUGGAACCAUAUUUGGUGA